GUGAGUUUUCACUCCAAGCAACCAGUCUAGGGAAGUAGAUGAGGCACUGCUCUCCACACCUCUGGUGUUUCUCACUCUGCUCUGCUCCGCUUUUGUUUUUUAUGGCCGCCUGUCUCUUCAUCUCUGCCCUAAAUCUUCUGUGUGAAAGUGGACAAAAAGGAGAGGAGGAUUUGUUUUCUUCUGUCUCGCCUCUCUUCCCUCACCUUAACAGUCACCGUUUUCAUCGCCGCUGUGGGCCUGUGAGAUCACUUCAUCCUCAUCCAUCGCUACAGCUUUUAAACCCCUGCCGUUGCUCUUUUCUCCUCUCGCCUCUAUCGCUCCCUUGCUUUGGAACUAAAUCUUCUACCUGAGCCCCUGGAGUCCCUGCAGAUGUCCACAGCCUGGCACUGAAGCGGGCGCUUGACAGCAGCCCAGAUGCAUUUGCGACUCUUUGCCUUUGUGAUAUCCUUGCUAUGUGAGGUGAUCAGAAGGGGGUCUGGAGUCAUACAGAAGCAAAGUGCUCACAGAGGGACGUCAGUGGACUGCCGGAGCUGUCUGGAGUGUUCCCGUGACAACGGCUGUGUGCGCUGCCCUGAGCGGCUCUUCCUGUUCCUGCAGAGGGAUGGAAUGUCCCACCACGGAACCUGUCUCCAUGCUUGUCCCGCUGGACACUAUGGACAGAGAGGGAAGGACAUCAACCGCUGCAUGAAGUGCCGCUCUUUGGACUGUGAGCACUGUUUCAGCCGGGACUUCUGCACCAAGUGUAAGUCUGGCUUCCAGCUGUACAAAGGCAAGUGUAUGACGAGCUGCCCAAAGGGAACAUUCGCUCACCAAAAGGACUGUUUAGAGAGCUGCCUCUUUGCUUCGCUGGGAGAGUGGAGCGAGUGGAGCACUUGUGUCCAUAAUGGCGUCACUUGUGGCUUCAGAUGGGGCAUGCAGACCAGAACCCGGAAUAGCAGGAGGCCAGAAGAGAAAACAGCAUGGCUUUGCCCAUCACAAAAUGAGACGCAGAGGUGCAGAAUGAAGAAAAAGUGUCCCACAGAAAGGAAACGGAAUAAAAAAGUCAGGCUUGGAAGGAAAAGAGAGCGAAAACGUCUACGGCUGCUCGCCGUCAGCAACGCUGGCAACUCGACCGAUGGAACAACAGACGCCACCACAGCGCACAGAGAAGCCUGAGGACGUGACAGACACACAGCUCACCACAGCGCGUGUCGCCAGUGGUUUAGUAAUCUGAGACCCAGUCAUUGUUUGUUCACGUUUCAAAUUCGCCUGCACGGGACAUCAGAAUGUUGUUUACUGGAAACUCGGAAGAAGAUUUUAUGACUAAGGAAUUCUUAAUGACUGUGACCUAUGAGUAAAGAUUUCCGUCAAAAGAAAAAAGAAAAAGAAAAAAGAAGGUGGUUUAAGUUGGUGUUUGCCCAGGAAACAACUUAACCAUUUGUGGAUGAAUUGAGCUUUUACCUGGAGUCAAAAACCACAGUUAACACCGCAACUUUUUGUGACGACAGGAGGAACAUCCACCGAGUUUAACUUAACACUUUGCCUUUAAAUGUUAUUCUAAAUACUUAACACAUAUUUCUAUACGGAAGUGCUGUAAGCCUGAAACGCACGGCUAAGAUAACGUUGUAAUCACAGCCUUAUUACCUGCUCCCAUUGCAGAUGUGGAUGUUCCUCCACAUACAUACACAAAAAUGACUGGCUUCUAACAACUGUCUGUAUUUGUUUAUGUUUCUAUGACGAAAUGGGAUUUUAUUCCAUUACAUGUAUGUAUACAGUGAUUGCUGCCUCCGUGGUACACAGACUGUUUACAUCCUGUCACUGACUGCAAAUCUGUUUAAGAGUUGACAAAAAAAACCAGAAGAAAUAUGACUGAACUGAUAACUUUGCAUUUAUUUGACGUUACGAUUGUGAUGGUAAAAUAUUUC